CCGCUCUCCCUCCUGCUAAAUCCUUCUUCGUUCUCCUCCUCCUCGCCGGCUAGCUACUCGAUCGCUUCUUGCCUGAUCUCUCUUGUUCAUUGCCAGUACUAUUACAAUGUCGGGGAUCUCGCUGGCGGUGGCGCCGCGGUCGGACCCGGAGCACGGGUCGGAGCGGCAGCCGACGACGAUGAUGGGCGGCGUGAUGGGUUCGCUCCGCGUCAUCGAGCUCCAGCUCGUGGCCUUCAUCAUGGUGUUCUCGGCGUCGGGCCUCGUCCCGCUCAUCGACCUCGCCUUCCCCGUCGCCACCACGCUCUACCUCCUCGCCAUCUCCCGCCUCGCCUUCCCGCCGCUCCACUCCAAGCUCGACGCCGCCGGCGGCUCGCCCGCCGCCUCCCAAGAAAUCUUCCGCGGCAGCAACUUGUUCCAGGUGUACGUGGUGGUGGGCACGACGGUGGGCCUGUUUCUGCCGCUGGCGCACGUGCUGGGCGGGUUCGCGCGCGGCGACGACGGCGCGGUGCGGACGGCGACGCCGCACCUGUUCCUGCUCUCGUGCCAGAUCCUGACGGAGAACGUGGUGGGGUCGCUGGGCGCCUUCUCGCCGCCGGUGCGGGCGCUGGUGCCGCUGCUCUACACGGUGCGCCGGGUCUUCGUCAUCCUCGACUGGGCCUACGACGUGUGGGCCAACAGGGCGCUCACCAGGGCGUCCACCGCGCAGGAGGCCGCCUGGCUCUGGUUCGGCCGCUACCUCGCCGCCGCCAACCUGCUCUACUUCUCCGCCAACCUCUUCGUCUUCCUCAUCCCCAAGUUUUUGCCCCGCGCGUUCGAGAAGUACUUCCGGAUGCGCGACGAGGUGUGUGCUAAGACGGCCGAGGACAAGCGCGCCCGCGGCCACAUGGAGGCGCCGGAGCAGCGCGGCGAUGUCGCCAAGCCGGUGGAAUCCAAGAAGGCGGACUGAGAGAGCUUUGGAUAUGUGGGGUUCGAAAUUCACUGGCGUGCAGCUUUGUAAUUUCUUUCUUCGUUCCUUUCCGGGUGGCCGCCACGUAUGCGUUUGUUGUUGUCAUGGCUUCUGCGAUCGUUGGAUCGCAGAGGACAAGAUGUAGUAGUGGCGUGAUGAUGAAUCUUGCAGCGACACGUAGCGAACUUGCAAUGAUCCGGAUUAAUUUAUUCGUACGGGUGCCGCCACGCUUCGCUU